UUUGUUGUUUUUUUCUUCAUUUAGUAAUCUUAUAAUACGAUAUAAGCUCGUUUAUCUUCGUCCAACUUCUAGUUAUUAAUUAAUACUGAAAAAAGAAAAUUACAAAAUCCCUCUGAUUUUCUCUCUCCAACAGUCUAUAAAUAGUAUAAUAAACACUCGUAAAUAUAUAUCAAUAUAAAAAUAUUGUCAUUCACCAACAAAAACAUGACGAAAGUAUACGAAGAACAGGUUGUGAAAACCAUUGAUGAAGAAUCAAAUUCUUCAACUAGUGAUGAUAGUUCCAGUAUCUCCAGUGAUGAGAACAAAGACCGAGGCAACUGGACAGGCCGCUUGGACUUCAUGUUGUCUUGUGUUGGCUUCGCUGUUGGUCUGGGAAAUAUCUGGCGAUUCCCUUAUCUCUGUUAUAAGAGUGGUGGAGGUGCUUUUUUGGUUCCUUACUUUUUGUUCUUGUUUCUGUGUGGAAUUCCUCUGGUCUUCAUGGAAACUUCUUACGGUCAAUUUGCUAGUUUGAGUCCACUGACAGCGUGGCGAAUCAGCCCUAUGUUCAAAGGAGUUGGUUAUGGAAUGGUGAUCGUGUCAGGCAUCGUAUGUAUUUACUAUAACAUCAUCUUAGCCUGGACACUCUACUAUCUGUUCCACUCAUUCAGAGAAGUACUGCCUUGGAGUAAUUGUGAAAACAAAUGGAACUCCAAGAACUGUGUUGUCACCGAAAGGCAGAAUGUAACAGAAACCCUCAACAGUACUGUGUUUACCACCAAUGGUACUAUGUUGGCCAAUGCCACCUCGCUUGUCGGACUCUCCAAUGCUACAGAUUUGGUAGACAAAAUCACUAAUGAUGAUAUCUUGUCCAAUGUCACAAAAGUAUCACCAAGCGAAGAAUUUUGGCAGUUGAAAGUAUUGGAAAUCACUGAUGGUAUCGAAGAUUUGGGUAUCAUCCGAUGGGAACUGUUGCUUUGUUUGCUGCUUGCAUGGGUUGUGGUAUUUUUGUGUCUGUGCAAAGGAAUCAAAUCUUCUGGCAGAGUGGUGUACGUGACAGCGACUUUCCCUUAUUUGGUUUUAACUAUUUUGUUGAUUCGAGGAGUUACUUUGCCUGGAGCUUGGGAAGGGUUGAAAUUUUACCUUAUUCCUAAAUGGUCAAGAUUGCUGGAUUUUCAGGUCUGGGGAGAUGCAGCCACUCAAAUUUUUUACUCUGUUGGCAUGUCCUGGGGUGGUCUCAUCACAAUGGCCAGUUACAAUAAAUUCCACAACAACGUUUACAGAGAUGCUAUGUUAAUCCCAGUUAUUGGUUGUACAACUAGUGUUUAUGCCGGGUUAGUUAUUUUCUCUGUUCUUGGAUUCAUGUCUUAUGAAACCGGUAUCCCAAUUGAAGAUGUUGUCACCCAAGGUCCUGGUCUAACAUUUGUUGCUUACCCUGAAGCUGUAACUAAGUUACCAGUGUCCCCUCUGUGGGCAAUUUUGUUUUUUUUAAUGUUAUUUACCGUUGGCUUGGACAGCCAGUUUGGUAUGUUCGAAACGAUGACCAGUGCCUUUAUUGAUGAAUUCCCAGAAUUAUUGGCCAAAAGAAAGGUUCUCUUCACUGCUGCCAUUUGCUUCGUGGAGUUUCUAUGUGGCAUUCCCUUUGUUACACAAGGUGGAAUUUACCUGCUACAAGUCGUUGAUUGGUACUGCUCCACAUUUUCCCUGAUGAUUCUUUCCUUGACUGAAUGUGUGGUCAUUUCUUGGAUUUAUGGUGCUGACCGUUUCUACAAUGACAUCACUUUGAUGAUUGGUUAUAAACCCUGUGUGUGGUGGAAAAUCUCAUGGCGUUUCAUUACUCCUACUAUUACCCUGUUAGUGUGGCUGUUCAGUAUUAGCAAAUUGAGCCCAGUAACAUAUGGAGACUAUACAUACCCAACAUGGUCAGUUGUCCUUGGCUGGAUUCUUGGAAUGGUAUCACUGGUUCCUCUACCUGCUGUGAUGAUUUCCCAAAUAUUCAAGACAAAGGGAACCUUUAUUGAGCGCGUAAAGAAACUGAUACACCCAGAUCCAAAAUGGGGACCAUCUCUCCCUCAGUACCGAGAACAAUACAUUGCAUCUCUGAGUUUCAGUGAGAGACAACGAAUGCUCCGUCACAUCAUGGAAAACGAGAAAGAUGGACCUCAUAACAUGUCAGUAAUUGGAGAGCAUGCAAAAAUGUUGCAGCUGCAAUUGGAUUCUGUAUGCUGAUGAAAGAAAGAAACAGAUGCACACAAUCAAGCAAAAAUCCAAAUUUAAAAUGUUAAGAAAAUAUCAAAUACAUUUAUCUAUAUUUGUAUAUAUGUGGAUAAAUAUAUGAAUGUAGAAGCAACACCUCAAGAAUGAUAUCUAAACAUCUUUAAAUAUAUUUUAAACAAAUUAUAUGUAAACCAGUACAAGUUGGGUUCUUGCCUGCAUCGUGUGGUUACAAAGUACAGAAAUCACAAUGAUCUCCUUGUUCUGAUCUGAGUUGCCAGUACACAAAACAAAAACAAGGAUUUGGUCUAGAUUUUUUCUGUAUUUCUUCUCCAGCAACAACCUGAACUGCCUCAUCCAGAUCAAGUCAGUCAGCUGAGUGAACUAUAAGAAUUCUAUUUCUGUGGUUCAAAAAAUGCUGUGAAUGAUGAACAAGGGUGACAGGCAUUAUCAACGAUAAUCUGUUGAGAACAUUUUAUGAAUCUCCCUCACCAGGUUUUAAACAUGACUGGUGAACACUUCAACCGAAAUACUUUGUGCCCCUCCUUCAACAACUUGCACUAGGGGAUAUCUCAUUACAGAGUGUAUUUCACAGAACAAUAUCGUGCAUUUUUUUAAAAUAAAUGAUAUUUGAUGUGUUAAAACAGAGAAAACAAUCGAGAAACAUUCUUAGUGUUAUUAACAACAAUAUCAUAACUAUUAUUAGUGAUAUACCUUUUAGCCAGGAGCACUGAAAUUAUGAAAGAAGAAAAGCUUGAACUAUCAGAUAGAAACUUACUUUUCUUAAGUUUAAUCAAUUCUUUUAAAUAUUUCCAAGUGAAUGUCUUUUCCUUUUUCUUUCUUUACUUAAAAAAAUAGCAAGGCACAUAUUUGAAAUAUCUGAAAGAUUUACUUUUCAUUAGUCAUUGCUUAAGAUAUUUCAAAACAUUAGCUUUAGAAAUAUACUUGUAUAUCUUUAAAAAAAAAACUCAAAAGAAUCACAGGCUUAUAAGCUUUAAAUAGCUUCUAGAUGAAUUAGAUUUUUUUAAACUUUUACUAAUAAUAUAUUAACUCCCACAACAAAAAUGUGUUAUCCCCUAAGUCUCUCUUCUUCCUUUAUUUGUCUGUCUCUCUAUUACUAUUUCUCUACAGUAAUUUUCUCAAAGACAGGAUAGAAACAGCAUAUGAUAAUGAUUUUAAA